AUGGUUAUUCCACCCCCAGUUAGACCGCCUAGAAUUACUCAGUUUCUGAAGCCCUAUGUUCUGAAGAUGCAUUUCACAAACAAGUAUGUUAGUGCCCAAGUGACGCACUCACCAAGUGCCACAGUAGCAUCUGCUGCAAGCUCACAGGAGAAGGCCCUGAGACCAACCAUGGAAAAUACCCGAGAUGUGGCAGCUGCUGCCAAGAUUGGGAAGAUACUAGGAGAACGCCUGCUGCUCAAGGAUAUACCUGCUGUUACUGUUUUCCUGAAGAAAGAUCAGAAAUAUCAUGGAAAGGUGAAAGCCGUGAUUGAUUCUUUAAGAGAAGUUGGCGUCAAAAUUCAAUGCCAUGGUGAUGAAUGGAAGUACUAUUUCAAAAUAUGCUCGGAUUGGAAGAAAGUGUACUUGCAAAUGGAAAAAAGUGAGAGGAAAGUCACCCCAAGGUGGAAAGCCAAGGUGUUUCUUCCAAGAAUCGGAAAGGCAAACUCCAAUUGCACCAUGAUUAAGAUAAUAGUGACCCCAACUUGUAUUGAGAGUUCAUCUGUUGCGUACACUUGUGCUAUGAAAAUGCACUACGCUUCUCUACGUUCUUUUGCAGCAUCAGAAGCCAGUGAGUGUUUUAGAGGUAAAUUUAGUUCAGUUGCAUUUUUUACCACCAGGUUCUUCAACAAAAUAUCCAAUCUUGUCAAUGUCGGAACCAUUGAUCAAUUUUUACGGAAGCUUUCUGAUAAGUUUCGCUCUCGUUUGAGUAUUUACGGAACAAUGUCUUUCCAACAUCCAGUGAGAAACUUCUCAGUGGGAGCUUCCUUACCAUCUGCACCGGAAAAAAUAUCAGAUGAUCCAUUGACAAGUAAAACGCCUCAGAGUACCGUCACGUGUGCAUACCAGGCUUAUGUAGCAGGUUAUUGGCGUAAUGUCAUGGUUUUAUGGUGCAAGAACCUUAUGAAUCAUACCCUCAGCCUCAUCAUCAGUAACCUUGAAGGUGAGGUUUGUUACAAUUGCAAGAUUGACCUUAAGCCUUGGCUUUUUUGGAGCAAAAAAGGGAGUAAGUCCUUCGAGCUUGAAGGGUGUCAAGUAGAUAUACAUUGGGAUUUCCGAUCAGCUAAAUUUGCUGGGAGUCCUGAGCCGGCUAGCGAUUAUUAUGUUGCUGUAGUUUCAGAUGAAGAGGUCGUAUUACUGUUGGGAGAUUACAAUAAAAAGGCUUAUAAGAAAGCCAAAGCAAGACCGGCUCUUGUUGAGGCUAUCUUAUAUUUGAAGAAGGAACAUGUAUUUCACAAGAAAACCUUCUCAACCAGAGCUAAAUUCGACGAAAAGAAACAUGAGCAUGAUAUUAUUGUAGAAAGUUCAACAGGAGGGCCGAGAGACCCUGAGAUGUGGAUUAGCAUAGAUGGAAUCGUCAUGAUUCAUGUUAGGAAUUUGCAGUGGAAAUUCAGAGGGAACCAAACUGUGAUGUUGAGCAGACAACCAGUGCAAGUGUUCUGGGAUGUCCAUGAUUGGCUGUUUAGUACCCCUGGCACUGGCCAUGGCUUGUUCAUAUUCAAACCAGGGGUUUCGGAAUCGGAAGACGACAAGGAUGGCAGCAGUUAUGGUACCCCGAGCGAUACCAGUGAUGGGAGUAUGUAUUUUUCAACCAGGAGUGUCUCAGCAACACCAGAAUUCUGCCUUUUCCUUUAUGCCUGGAAGAUUGAGUAA